AUGCCAGUAGAAGCUUCGUACGGAAAUCCACCUCAGUCAGCUUUACCACAUCAAAUACCAGACGAUUCUCCCUCGCACCAAGGAGGGAUGCAAGUCGAAGGACACCACGGUCGCUCCAAAUACGCGGCUCAUCACUCUGCACAGUAUUCACCAUCUUCAAAAAUGUAUGACGGAAGAAGACCACGAGAGGAUCCUGAUGGAGAGCAUAAGUCCCGUUCAAAUGGGCGAUCUUCCUCUAGAAACUCUGCCUCUCGCCAACGCUACCCUCAGCAACCCAGUGGCAAUCACUAUCACCCAUCGUCACGACAGGGACCAGCAAGUGCCCCACACACAUUGACACCAACGAGCCAACAUUUCACUCCGCCAGCUGGACCUAAUUUUCACAUGCGCGCUUCCACACCACCACCUGACACCUUUCCUCCACCUGCGGUAACUACUGAAUCGCCAACACCAUCGGAACAACGCCGACCAGCUUAUCUGCUGCAUCGUGAUCUAGUUAUUGGUAAGGGAUCAUAUGGACAGGUGUGUAUUGCCUCGCGGGGCGAAGCGGAAGGACACUCGGGACGAUCGGGCAAACGCAAAAAGUUUGCUUGCAAGUGUGUCAUGCUGCGAAAUGAUCCAAAGUACAUAUCCAAGCUGCAAGAGGAGGUCAACGUGCUUAGAGAGCUCAGAGGACACGACAAUGUCAUUCGACUUUACGAUGUAUUUUGCGUCGAUAAUGAACUUUUCAUAAUAACGGAACUUGGACGGGGAGGAGACUUGUUCCACUUGCUGACUACUCAUCCAAAGCACGGAGUAACCGAAGCCUAUGCUGCCAAAACUGUUGCAGAAAUGCUCUCUGCAGUUGCAUUCUUGCACUCGAAAAGUAUCUGCCAUCGCGAUCUUAAACUGGAAAACUGGGUAUUGGAAUCUGGAAAGGAUGUGUGGAGUCCACUAAAGCUUAUUGAUUUUGGUCUUUCAACACACUUUGCACCAGGACAAAGACUAAGUCGAGUAGUGGGAUCCUCCUACUAUGUUGCUCCAGAAGUACUCAAGAAGUCAUACACUGAAGCCUGCGAUCUUUGGUCGCUAGGUGUUAUUGUGUACAUGUUGCUCAGCGGUGCUCCUCCAUUCUAUGGAAAGAACGACGAUGCAAUCAAGGCGUCUAUUGUUCAAGGAGAGUAUACCUUUCCUCACGAACUCUUUCGAGAUGUUUCGGACGAGGCAAUGGCUUUUGUUUCGACGCUAUUGUCGUAUAACAUUGAGUACAGAUACACUGCAGAACAAGCCUUGACACAUCCAUGGCUUGCUGCCAAUUGCGAUCCCAGAGGCUUGACCAAGGCCAGGGAUAUCGCAAGGGGAGUGGGGAUUCCCAAUGAUUCGAGCAGACCAGAGCCAAUGCAACUUUAG